CUCAACAUAUUUUGACAUUUAAUUUUUGUAAAAUAUAUUUUUAUUUAAGGACUACCUAAUUACAUUUUAUUGUAAUAACUACCAGUUUAGCUUACGUAUAAUUAGAUCGAAAAAGGUUGACCAGUUAAAUAAUAUGUCGUCAAGUAGCAGCUCUAAGUAUACGCAAAUUCAACAAGAUAAGAUUAUAGAAGAGAAGAGUUCAGAUUCAGAUCCUCCAAUGAGUGAGUGGUCUUCUCUGGUGAUUGAGCUUUCAGCAGAAAACAAAAAGAAAUCUCUUGCCGCACGAGGACUGUACUCUCCCGGUAGUGGCGAAAUAUGCAGUAAAUAUAUCUCUAUGUCUGACAGUGAUAUUUCCAGGCACGUCUAUUAUAAUUAUCCAGCCGUCCUUGAUCCCGGCAUCAACGAGGCAUUAUCUCUUCCUAAUAAACCCGUGAUAUAUCCUGAUAACGGACAGGAAUUAUAUUUAGCCACAUGCAAAGAAAUGAAUGUAUGUCCCGUACGAUUGUUCAUUAAAAGUUUACUAUUGCAAGAAAUUAAUCUAAGCUACUAUGGGGUUACUCCACCUGGAGUCCGCGCUAUGUCAAUGGCAUUGCAGUAUAAUAAACAUGUGCAGCGUCUUAAUUUAACAGACAAUUUUCUAAACGAUGAUGCAUGUUAUCAUUUGGGAAGUAUGUUAACAACUAAUGCUACUAUUAAAGAAUUAAUAUUGGCUGGAUGCCGUAUAGGAGCAUCAGGCGUCCUGCGACUAAUUGAUACCUUAUCUAUAAAUCGAAAUUUGACUACACUUGACCUUAGCCGGAACUGUUUAGGUGAAGAGGGGGGUUUACAUUUCGCCGUACAAAUAUCCCAGGGCGCGACAAUAUCGCGUGUGAAUCUAAGUAACAAUCAAUUAGGCAAACAGACUGCAUUGGCAUUUGCAGACGCUCUGGAAUUUAGGAAUACAUUGACACAUAUUGAUCUGUCUUGGAAUAACUUUUUCCAUUCUCCGUCAACAGUAAAAAUGUUAGAUGUAUUAUCAAAUAGCGAAGUCCUAAAAGAAAUAAAUCUUUCUUGGAACUCGAUGGAAGGAGAAAAGAUUGCAGGCGCUGUUGCAAACUUGUUCCUUAUACCCACAUUAACAUUACUGGAUUUGAGCAAUAACAGGUUUCGGGGUGAGUCUAUUCCACUAAUGAUCAGUAAUAUAAUUAAAGCUAAAAAGCUUUUAAUAUUUGACCUCUCUUUUAACCCUCUAAGUCCUGAUGAUGCACUUGUCGUUUUACAACAAAUGUUAAAACCUCGAGUUAAAAUAGAAAAUUUAUAUCUAGAAAAUAUUUGUGUAGAUAAAAACUUUAUGAUAUGUUUAGACAGAGUGAAGAAAAUGAAAUCUCGUAAGAAUUUCAUUAUAAAACAUGGUCAUGUUAUACAAAACUGGACAGUAUAUGGACAAGAUUCCAGAGAGGUUAUAUUAAACAGAGCAAAGUUUCUGGGUAUGAGAGACAAGAAACGCAGAGUUGAUAUAGCUUUAUUCUUUUUAAGAUUAACUAAAGAAUAUCCAAAAGCUAUUACUGUUAAAGAUUUGAUUGAUAAAGUAGAUGCUGAAAAUGUUCCCCUAGAUGGCGACUUAAUAGCUGAAUUAGCGAAUGUCUUCCCAGGACCCAAAUCGGCAAAGGCAAAGUAUAUAAAUUUAGUGAAUAUAUGUGAGUACAUAAAUCGGAUAUGGCCUGAUAAGGUCUUACCACCAACGCCGCCGCCAGAGCUAGAGCCUAUGCCAGAACCUCCAAAAAGAAAGCUGAAAGGGAAAAAAGGAAAGCCUUAAAUAGUUCUUACAUGUAUUCUUUUCUUUUAUUAUUUUGAUCAAUAUUUAUUUUGUCAGAUUGUUUGUUAACUUUUAUUUUAGAACAAUAAUUAUUUUUAGUCUAUUUAAUUGCAUUGUAUAUUAGAUUAC